AUGUUGGAUAUUCUUCAGUUUAUUGAGGAGAAAGGAGGCAAUCCUGAGGAGAUCAGAAAGUCGCAGAAGGCACGCUACGCCAGCGUAGAGCUUGUGGACGAAAUUAUUGCCGACUACAAGAACUGGACGAGAAUCCGGUUCGACCUCGACGAGCUGAACAAGAAGCAGAACGCCCUGCAGAAGCAAAUCGGGCUCAAGUUCAAGGCCAAGGAGGAUGCUAGCGCGCUGCUCAAAGAGAAGGACGAGAUCGUUGUUGCCAAGCAGAAGCUCACUGUUGAGGAGCAGCAGGCAGAUCAGGAUCUCCGCGCCAAGGUCAACACCGUAGGCAACAUCGUCCACCCCAGCGUGCCCGUCAGCGACAACGAGGACAACAACGGUCUCGUGCGUGAAUGGGCUCCUGAGGGCGUCGAUGUGAGCAACUUCCCUGCCAAGCACUCUCACCAUGAGGUGCUGACGCGCCUUAACGGCUACGAUCCGGAGCGCGGAACAAAGAUUGUUGGUCACCGUGGCUACUUCUUGCGCCAGUGGGGUGUGUUCCUCAACCAGGCUUUAAUCAACUAUGGUCUCGAGUUUUUGAUGGAGCGCGGCUACUGUCCCUUGCAGGCUCCGGUCAUGAUGAACAAGGACGUCAUGGCGCGUACUGCUCAGCUGUCGCAGUUUGACGAGGAGCUGUACAAAGUUAUUGACGGCCAGGACGAAAAGUACCUGAUUGCUACCUCUGAGCAGCCCAUUUCCGCAUAUCACUCUAACGAGUGGUUUGAGCAGCCGGCCGAGCAGCUGCCGCUGCGGUACGCUGGAUACUCAUCCUGUUUCCGCCGCGAAGCAGGCUCGCACGGCAAAGAUGCCUGGGGUAUUUUCCGUGUGCACGAGUUCCAGAAGAUCGAGCAGUUCUGCCUCACCGAGCCCGACAAAUCGUGGGAAGAGUUUGAUCGCAUGAUCGGGUCCGCCGAGGAGUUCUACAAGUCGCUCAAGCUGCCCUACCGGGUUGUUGCCAUUGUUUCAGGCGAGCUCAACAACGCUGCUGCCAAAAAGUACGAUCUCGAGGCUUGGUUCCCCUUCCAGAAGGAGUACAAGGAGCUUGUUUCGUGCUCCAACUGCACCGAUUACCAGUCGCGCAAUCUGGAGAUCCGCUGCGGCGUGAAAAAGAUGAACGAGCGGGAAAAGAAGUACGUGCACUGCCUUAACUCCACUCUCUGUGCCACCGAGCGCGCCCUGUGCUGCAUUCUGGAAAAUUACCAAACCGAGGACGGCUUCAGGGUCCCUGAGGUGCUCCGCAAGUACCUGCCUGGUCAGCCAGAGUUUAUCCCAUUCGUCAAGGAAUUGAAGCCCGAGAAAGCUAAAAAAUAG